CAAGAUGCCUUCCUUGCUUGGUUUAAAGUGUCUGGGGAAAUUGUGCAGCUCUGAGAAAAGCAAAGUCACCUCCUCCGGGACAACCAGCACCAGGGGCUCCUACAGAAGGAGGCUGGUUGUCGAGGACGUGGGCGUCCCUGUGAGCCCCCGCCCCAUGCACGGACGUGCCACUGUCACCCACCUGUUGUAUCUGUACCGUGACGUCGGCUGCAUACCCGAGACCCUGGCUAACAGCGUCGAUCCUCUGGUGGCUCACCCUCAGGACCCUCACCAUCCAUCCGAGAAGCCUGUCAUUCACUGCCAUAAAUGUGGGGAGCCAUGCAAGGGCGAAGUGCUUCGGGUCCAGACCAAACACUUCCACAUCAAAUGUUUCACCUGCAAAGUGUGCGGCUGCGACCUGGCACAAGGCGGCUUCUUCAUCAAGAACGGGGAGUACCUCUGCACCCUGGACUACCAGAGGAUGUACGGGACACGCUGCCAUGGCUGCGGAGAGUUCGUGGAAGGAGAGGUGGUGACUGCCCUGGGCAAGACCUACCACCCCAACUGCUUUGCUUGCACCAUCUGCAAGCGUCCCUUUCCACCCGGAGACCGUGUCACGUUCAAUGGGAGAGACUGCCUUUGUCAACUCUGUGCCCAGCCGAUGUCGUCCAGCCCUAAGGAAGCCUCCUGCUCCAGCAAUUGCGCUGGCUGCGGAAGAGAUAUCAAAAACGGGCAGGCGCUGCUGGCGCUGGAAAAGCAGUGGCACUUGGGGUGCUUUAAAUGCAAAUCCUGCGGGAAGGUCCUCACCGGGGAGUACAUCAGCAAGGAUGGCGCUCCAUACUGCGAGAAGGACUACCAGGGGCUCUUUGGGGUGAAGUGUGAAGCCUGUCACCAGUUUAUCACAGGCAAAGUCUUGGAGGCAGGUGACAAACACUACCACCCCAGCUGUGCACGAUGCAGCAGAUGCAACCAGAUGUUCACAGAAGGAGAGGAAAUGUAUCUUCAAGGUUCCACCGUGUGGCAUCCCGACUGUAAGCAAUCCACCAAGACGGAGGAAAAGCUGCGGCUGCCAAACAUUCAGCAUUCUUCCUCCGAUUUCUUUUAUCCCAAAAGUCUGAUCCGACGCACAGGACGGUCCCCGUCACUGCAGCCCACCAGGACUUCCUCCGAAAGCAUUUACUCCAGACCAGGCUCCAGUAUCCCCGGGUCCCCGGGUCACACGAUCUAUGCAAAAGUGGAUAACGAAAUCCUGGAUUACAAGGAUUUAGCAGCCAUUCCCAAGGUCAAGGCAAUAUAUGAUAUUGAACGUCCAGAUCUUAUUACCUAUGAGCCUUUCUACACUUCAGGCUAUGAUGACAAACAGGAGAGACAGAGCCUGGGAGAGUCUCCGAGGACUUUGUCUCCUACUCCAUCAGCAGAAGGGUACCAGGACGUCCGGGACCGGAUGAUGCACCGCUCCACCAGCCAGGGCUCCAUCAACUCCCCCGUGUACAGCCGCCACAGCUACACUCCCACCACGUCCCGCUCUCCGCAGCAUUUCCACAGACCCGGGAAUGAGCCGUCCAGCGGCCGGAACUCCCCUCUCCCCCACCGGCCAGACAGCCGCCCUCUCACUCCAACUUACGUUCAGGCCCCUAAACAUUUCCAUGUUCCAGAUCAAGGGAUCAACAUUUACCGAAAACCACCCAUCUACAAACAGCAUGAUGCAGCUGCCUUGGCAGCCCAGAGCAAGUCUUCAGAAGAUAUCAUCAAGUUUUCCAAGUUCCCAGCAGCCCAGGCUCCAGACCCCAGCGAGAUCCCAAAGAUUGAGACGGACCACUGGCCUGGUCCCCCCUCACUUGCUGCCGUAGGAGCUGACACGAGACGCCGAUCUAGUGGCAGAGAGGAAGAUGAUGAGGAACUUCUGAGACGCCGGCAGCUUCAAGAAGAGCAAUUAAUGAAGCUCAACUCAGGCCUGGGGCAGUUGAUACUGAAAGAAGAGAUGGAGAGGGAGAAGGAGAGGGAGAGCCGCGAGCGGUCCUCCCUGUCAGCGAGUCGUUACGAUUCUCCCAUCAACUCAGCGUCCCAUGCGCUGUCAUCCAAAACCUCAUCUCUCCCAGGCUAUGGAAGAAAUGGGCUUCACCGGCCCGUGUCCACAGACUUCGCUCAGUACAACAGCUACGGGGACGUCAGCGGCGGAGUGCGAGACUACCAGGUAUGGAGCCCCGUCUUUCUGGAGUUGGCCGCACCCACGGGACGAGCGUUUUUCAGUCCAGAUACCCUCCCAGACGGCCACAUGCCCGGCAUGAGAAUGGACCGAGGAGUGUCUAUGCCCAACAUGUUGGAACCAAAGAUAUUUCCGUAUGAAAUGCUCAAGGUGACCAACAAAGGGCGCAACAAAAUCCUAAGAGAUGUGGACAGAACGAGGCUGGAGCGCCACCUAGCCCCAGAAGUGUUUCGGGAAAUCUUUGGAAUGUCCAUCCAGGAGUUUGACAAGUUACCUCUUUGGAGACGCAACGAAAUGAAGAAAAAAGCAAAACUCUUCUAAGUCCCACACGUAGACAGCAAUCAGAAAAAGGACUAACGAUGGCAGUGACCCAUAGGAUGUUGUAUUAAGGCCCAAACUUGAUUGGAGAAUUUGCAAACUACUGUUCCCUCAGCAACAACAGAAAGGGAAAAAUCUGAUCAAAACACCCACGAGCCAAAUACUGGGCCAACCAACGGCGACGCUCGCCAAGGAGCAAUGGGGUAGAAAUUUCUAUGUUCCCACACUCGACAGUAGCGUCCGCAGGUGACCUUUUUACAUCACCUUAUGCACACAACAGGAGCUCCUUCUUUUGUUUCUUUUUAACUGUUAUCCAACAAUAGUGCUGACUGUACGGAUCAGAGCCAGCAAGUGCCCUUAGGAUGCCGCAUGGAAAAAGCAGCUAUUGUAAUUCCAAAGUAUGAAUAUAUUUAUUACGUAGCAGAGUGGCUAAGAAGGAGGAGCUCACGGGACACGUCCAUGUGGUAGCAGCCUUUUGCACAUGCCUUUGCUCGCUGGCCUCACGCAGCUCUGCACUCCCACAGGGUGGGAAUCCCAGUCUGGGGGCCCAGCGGCUCCACUUGGGGGGCCGAGCAGCAGCCAGAGUCAUUUUUAACAAUCUCCUUGUUCUCUGCUGUUGGCCAGGACCUGGUUCACAAAUCACUUAGCUCUUAGUUUUUCAAAAGUUUUUCCAAGAGAAAAAGAAGGAAAAGGAAUGAACAGGAAAGCUCCCUUUACUCCUUUUCUGUUUCAGAUAAUGCGACUCUCUCUUCCUCCCCACCAAGGACGGGAGCUGUCUCUGGUCCCCCCUCUACAAAGAAAGGAAAGGGGAAAGCGAUCUCCAGAUUGGCACCGCUGCAUGCUGUUAGGUGAUUUUUGCCCAGAAGCCAUGGCAUUCUUGGCAAAAAAAAAAAAAAAGUGCUGUGUCCUACCAAUGCAAGUUCCCGUGCUCUGCUCUGCAUCUGGCAUCCUCGGAAUUGAAUCACGCCCACGCUGGUUUCAGGGUUUGGUUUUUAUUUCCCGCCCCCCAAGGUAUUUUCAUUAGUUGGCUAAGGAAAGGCAUGGUUUUCUGUUUUAAAUCUCUGCACCUCCAGGGCAGAGUGCCUGAAAUUAUUUUAAUUGGCCUUCUCAGCUUUCCUUCUUGCCUAGCACGGUUGGCUCCACGAUGUGUGUGUGCACACACGCGUCCGACUGACUAACUUAUUCUGCAAACGGCUCUGACCAGGUGGCGCUGGGAGACCAGCUGUUCCGUGGUCUGAAGCCGGAUGACGGGGUGCGGUUUUGCCCCUUCGCAUCCAACAGGUUGCCUCUUGCUUCAUUCAAUAUUUUUGCCACCCCAUCUUCUCUCGGACCUCACCCUCGGUGACAGCCUGUGUCCAAUCCCUGCUUUGCUCUGGCAAAGUGUGAGGGGUGGGGACCACGGUAUGUUCCCAGUGUUUCCCUGCCACCAUUAGCAACAAGGGUCCCAGCGCUAGGCUGGUGGAGAGACUUCUUGUCGUUGUAGGGUCGGUGAGGGACCCCUGAUGUUUUCAUUGAUUGGUGAGUUAUGUCCCAUGCACACGCAGAUCAAACAUCCAUGUCAGAAAAACUGCAGCGACGGUUAGAGGAUGGAGCCCAAAACCUCUUCCCACUAACAGAACUUUGCUUUCCUUGAAUCUUUCGUAUUUGGUUCUGCAGCCAUCUUAGAAGGGAGAAGAGCUCUUGCCAUGUCAAGUACAUUAGGAAAUUUAAACUACGCCAUGCAAAUAUGCAUUGCCCGAAAAUGGCCGUAGCCUCCCGUUUGCAAGCAGAGCGGUGCUGCACUCUGGAGCAGGGGCCUUGAACCCUAAUGCAGAGUGGGCUCCCCAGCAGAAGGCUCCGGCUGGAGAGAGGGCUGCAGACGCAGCCUGCUUCUCCUAACUGCCAAGUCCAGUACGCGGGCUACCACAGGCUGCCCACUUUGUUAAAGGGGGCGCCGCAAGCUUGUUCUCAGAACGUCCAGGCCGCCGCACGGGCUAUCCAUCUUCUCCGCUUGAACCCCGCCCUGCACUGCACAUAAAAAUUCCAGAUGUGAAUACAGUCAAGUGAGCAGGGGCUGUUCACUUUAGGGGUGGAAUGAACACACCCGGCGCACUUCCCCUGCGCAGACGUGAGGGCUACUCUUAGGAGCACAGGGCUUCCCUACGAUUCUUUCAGCACAGUGAUUAUACGAGUGAAAGAGGCCCCUGUGGCACUAGAAAAGUCGGUGCUUCCUUCAGAGUUUCUUCCAGAAGAGCCAGGCUACCAUCUAGUCUUCCUGUGCAAUUUGUGAGAAGACAUGAAGAGCAUUUGGAAGCUUGUACAACUAGCUACGCAUCCACGUUGUGGUUUGGGUUAGUUAGGAAAUGUUCAUGAUGUGACUUCUUCAAUAGCUCAAGACAAACGCCUGUCCUCUGAAACCUUAGACAGAGGAGCGAGAGUUAAUGGGUAAUAAGGUGCAAACAAACAAACAAACAAAAAGUUGUUUGAAUCUGUCACGUCCUCUAGUCUCUUCCCCUUCUCCCAGUUCUGUUGUCCCCAAACCAAGUUUCCUCUUCGGAGCUGAGACUAGGGCAGCUUGUCCCCGCAUCUGGUUAUGUCAGUCAACUCCUCUUGGGGAAGUCUUUGCUGGAAAUGUUUAUAAAACUUUCACCUAAUUUCUUUACAGUUGAAAGCAAACACCUUUUUCUAAAGAGUUGCUUCUCAGAUGAUUAUAUAAAAUAUAUAUGCUUUUGCUAGUUUAAAAAAUUCAAACCAUUUUGACUAAGUAGGUCUUUUCUACAAACUCUUCUAAGCAGACUUGGUGGUCGCAUCCUUCUGCGUGUUGAAGGGGCAGGGGACACCCCUAGGCUUCAGGUCCACAGGCUUUCUCUGUGCUUGUCAUGAGUGACAGCAGGAAGAAAUUGACCCCUGCGUCCCCAGCCCUUCUGCGUCCUCUGAGGAAGCCUCAGUUUUUACAAAUCGCUCUCCUGUGUUUUCAGCUGCUGUUUAAUCAGGACUUCCUAAGCCAGCCUUGAUUUUAACGAUUUUUAAAAUUAUUUUUCUUUGACACUCCAAGUGUUGGUCAGUAUGCCCUAAAACUCACUCAUGAGUCCUCCGUUGUGAAGAAUGUUCUACCCAGAAAAAGAUAAUUUUGGACUUGAGACUUGCGAUGACACCACCUCAUAGUGAUGAUGUACAUCAGGGGAACUACCUGACUGUGUUAUAAUGAAAAAAUGAGAAACUUCUACUUUGGCAUUUAAAAAGGGGGGAAAUAAAGCACUGUCUUUCCCUUUGCUGCCCAGGAAAGUGGGGAGAUGGUGAUGGAUAUGCUUUGCAUAUAGAUUUUUGUGUUUUUUGGGAGCAAAAGCUGAAUCCAUGGCAAGCUCAAAAAGAAAGGGGGAGGUAGACGGUUGAAGCCAAAAGAAACUUUCUAAACAAUUUUUGUGUACACAGCAAAAUUAAAGAAAUCCCACCUUUUCUGACACUUAACAUAA